GCAGAGGUCGGAGGUGCUGCUGGCUUGGGAGGGUGGCUGCCGAGGGCGCUGCUCCGUCGCGUCUGCGGAGAGCGGCUCUGAACUCUCGAGUCCAGCCGCACAGAUUUCCUAGGACGAGGAGGGAGCGAGAAGGCCGGCCGUGGAGGGCUGGCCGGGCUACGAAAGCCCACCAGAGGACGGAGAUUAUUGCUUGGGUUUCUUCCUCCGCUCCUGAUCCUCGUCCCUCUGGGUUCGCAGAGACCUGAGAAAGGUGGCAGAUCGACUGGCGAAGGAAGGAAAGACAAGACUCACACGCGGAGAGGGGAGGACUGGACGAGCAGCCGCCCUGCGAGGAACCGCGCAUCCCUCCCGAGGAUCGGGUGCAACCCCCGCCGAAAUGUUCCACUGAGAACGGCUCUCUUUUUUUUGCCCGGGAUCCGCAGCGUUGGGAUGUCGCGCUCCCACCCCCGCUGUAUUGCUGGCACUUUUUAAGGGCUUGCUCUGGUGGAUCCGUUCGGUCUUGCCUCUCUUCAAUGUGGGACACCACUUCCUCGUCCUGUCAGAGGCGAUCGGGACAGGGAACGCCUUCCCUCCCAAUAAACGAAAGGAAAGGAGGCUGGCUUGUUGACUAGCAGGUUUUGUGACGGACUGCCCUUGCGUGUUGCAUGCAUGCCUCUGUGUGCGUUCAGAAUAUUUUUUAACUUUCCCUUGUGUUUCGCUGGUGAAGUCCCAUUCAGAAACCAGCUAAUAGCCCAGCGGCUGCCAAGUUUGAUUUUAAGCGCCGUAUUUACAGCCCCUCCUCCCUCUCAUGAGGAAAUAUUUGUGUUUAGGUUUUUCAUUGAGGCCCUUUCCUUUUAGCUCAUCUUCUGAAGUGGCCUGACUGGUAGUCAUUUUGACUUGAGUGCCAAGCACCAGUCCUCCUGGAGAACAACCAUAUUCCAUUAGAGCAGCAAGACUAAAACUAAGUGACCUUGGAUUAUUCUGCUGUUCAUACAAACAAUGGGGGGUAACCUUGGCUGUCACCGCUCCAUCCCCAGAGACCCCUCAGACCUAUGUCACAGUCGUAAAUUUAGUGCAGCAUGCAACUUCAGCAACAUCCUGGUGAACCAGGAGAGACUCAACAUCAAUACAGCCACAGAGGAGGAACUCAUGACUCUCCCUGGGAUUACCAGAAUGGUCGCCCAAAACAUUGUGGAAUAUCGAGAGUAUAUUGGUGGCUUCAAGAAAGUUGAAGACUUAGCCUUGGUGAGUGGGGUCGGAGCUGCCAAACUAGAACAGGUAAAGUUUGAAAUCUGUGUGAGCAGCAAGGGCAACUCUGCUCAGCACUCGCCCAGCUCUUUGAGAAAGGACCAGCACCUCGACCAACUUUCUGCUGCUAAGAUCAAUAUUAACACAGCCACACCUGCUCAACUCAUGAGCAUCCGUGGCAUCACAGAGAAAAUAGCCAACUGUAUUGUUGAGUACCGUAGAGAGCACGGUCCCUUCAAAAGCAUUGAGGAUCUAGUCAAAAUGGACUGCAUCAACUCGUCAUUUUUGGACAAAAUCCGGCAGCAGAUCUUUGCGGAGCGGUCCAGGCCUCCUUCAACUAAUACCAACGGUGGCCUCAAUUUCACGGUCAAGCCUCACCCAAGUCCCACCUCAUUAAGCCUGCAGAGUGAGGAUUUGGAUUUUCCACCAGGAGGGCCAACUCAGAUCAUCUCCACACGGCCCACAGUUGAAAUGUUUGGUGGGCUGAGGGAUGGAAGGCCUGUGGUGAGGGUGGCCACUUGGAAUCUGCAAAACUGCUCUGUUGAAAAAGCCAACAAUCCUGGGGUGCGUGAGGUUGUGUGCAUGACCCUGCUGGAAAACAGCAUCAAGCUUCUGGCUGUGCAGGAGUUGGCUGACAGAGAUUCACUGGAAAAGUUCUGCACGGAACUGAACCAGCCAACUUUGCCAAACACCCGGCGAUGGAAGGGCCCACGGGGAUGUUGGAAGGCCGUCGUUUCAGAGAAAUCUACAGGCCAACCACAGAAGUGUGUGGAGUAUUCUGGGUUCUUGUGGGACACGACUGCAGGGAUAGAGCUGAAGGAUGUCACCUCCUAUGAGAACACUCAGACAAAUGGUAAUGGAAGGCAGAAUUAUCCUCAACCAUACAUUGCACAUUUCAGGGUUGGAAUGAAUGACCUAACUCUGGUCAAUCUUCAUCUGACUCUAUUGCCCUCAGUGGGAGAAAACACUGUGAAGAACCACAGUAGCCACAAAUUAUCAGCCUUUGCACUGACUCUCCAGGAAACACUGAAAGGGGAAAAAGAUGUGAUCAUUUUAGGAGACUUUGGCCAAGCUCCAGACAGCAGUGACCACGACCUGUUACGGAAGGAAAAAUUCCACCAUUUGGUUCCUGCCAGUACCUUUACCAACAUCAGCACGAAGAACCCUCAGGGUUCCAAAUCCCUUGAUAACAUCUGGAUAAACCGUAGCUUGAAGAAGAUUUUCACUGGUCAUUGGGCAGUUGUAAGAGAAGGUCUUACAAACCCCUGGAUCCCUGAUAACUGGUCAUGGGGUGGAGUAGCAUCAAGCCACUGCCCGGUACUAGCUGAAUUUUACACAGAGAAGGACUGGAAUAGAAAGGAUAUGAUUCGAAAUGGAAAUGGAGUGAUGGUGGAAUGCAGUGACUUAAACAGCAAACAUGAACGAUGAUGAAUGGAAAUUUGAAACUGUAUUCGCCUUCAUGAAAGGACUAGUCCGAAGACCCUUUUGCGCAAGGCCUGAUGGUGAACCAGAACUGCCUUUUUUCCCAUUUAAGAAAGAAUCAGCUUCUGCUUUUAACAUCUCCUUUUCCCGUUCCUACCUCUGUGCCCCUUUACAGAUGUUUUAUGGUAUCCAUUGCCAUGGAAUAUAUGUGACUUUUUAUGAAGACAGUGGUGGACAUUUCUCUGUUCGGAUACCCAAAUAAUUUCAAAUAAAAUGCACUUUUUAAUACUGUA